AUGUCUACCUAUACAGGCGCCGUGAACAUGUCGGGUACAGACGCAAGCAUCAUCGCGGACCUCAUCCAGCAGCUUGCCGAUACGAAUCUGGAGCUCAGUGAAGAGAGGGAUGAGAAAGAGAAGUUCAAACGCAAGUACCACGAUGCGAAGGAUGAGAUCAAGGAAUUGAAGGAGAGGGAGAUUGACGAGGGCGACUCGUACGCCAUUAACGUCCCGUCUGGCUACGGCGAGAAGGUCCAGGACAACGGCGUUGACGGCGAUGAAUACCACGCCAUGAUCCAAGCGCUGGAAAAGGCAGAGGAGGAAAAGAAGGAGAAGAAUAGGGCUUUAUUUGGCCUCGUGGUAGCUCAGAUGGAUGUCGCCAACGAGCGCCACAGGGUUGCUGUCAGGGAUGACAUCAUCGACGAGAAGAACCGCAUCAUUGCCGAGAAGGAUCGCAGGAUUGAGGUGGUGACAGGAGAGCGAGAUAGUGCCACGGCCACUAUGUUCCGAGAGCGGGCCGCUCAUAUCAAGGCCAAGGAUGGUGUCUCAUCAGGCAGGGUCACCAAGAACAAGAGCAAGACCACUCGUCUUCCGGAUGUCGUUGCCGACAACAUGUCCUUGACGCUGCGACAAAAGAAGAAGGAUAGUAGUCUUUGA